AAUCAUCCUCUAUUCAGAUCCUUUGUCUUAUUGGUUGUCUUUGUACAGACAUAAGUUGGUUUGUGUUUCACCAAUUACGUGAUUUCUACAACAUGUCUCUGACGACUGUCAUUUCCGUAUUUCUUUGUUUUAUCGUUGCCGCAAAUAUUGAAGCAUUAGUUAUUGGAAGAAGACGUGCAAUAUAUUCACCUAGACAAGCCGCCAUCCUUUCAUCAGUAAACGAUGCUGACACAGUAAACAUUGGUUUUGGAGGGAACAGGAGAGUUUCUAGUCUCUCUGCAAUCCCAAAUCUCGGACUCGGACUAGGACGCCGGACCUACAGACAACGAAUGCAGCCUCGAUUGAGGAGGGGAAAUAACAUCAUCGUUGUUGGAGGAGGAGAUAUCGAUUUUCCUUCCGUUGAGUACGGUGGAGGCAUCAGAGGCAUCAAUGGCCUUGGAUCGAUUGGCGGAUACGGUCUUGGUGGGGAUUCUGAUCAUGUAACAAUUUCAAGGGGAACAGAUCUAAGAUUGGCAGCAAGAUCAGGCUUAUUUGAGGACGCUGACCAAAUAAGUGUCAUCUAAGAAGAGAGAAUCAUGUUGAAAUUCCACUCAUUUAAAGUUCUCCAAAUUUCUCUGGGACGGAGAGUUCAUGCCAAGGGACAUUACUCUAUCAAGAUGUUGACUUUUUAUAUUUUAUAGAAUAUGUCGAUUGUUUGUGAAAUGUUAUUUAUAUAUGCAUCACCUGUAUAUAAUAUUCAUUUAUAAGUGAUAUAAUGUUGCUUUAUUAAUGUAUCAUGUAAAUAUAUAAUUAACGUAAUGCUAUAUAUUUCGCACACAAAUGUUCUUCUCUACAUAUCCUGUGUAUGCCUUGUAUUUUUACGUUCUUUACUUCCAAAUAAAAUAGAUACUUUGGUCAGAUUAUGUGACUGUCUCAAUCUAUAUUUUUUAUAAGAAUAUGUAAUAAAGCAGAUCUGAGAUUGUCCAUCACCGUCACUGAUACUAAAGGAUCCAUCAAGUGUUGGCGAUCAAUUGCAUAGCUUUAUAGCUACAUCUUUACAACAUACAUCUUAUACGGAAAAUACUGUAAACGUGGUUAUUUUCGCGGGGGGUUAAUUUCGCGAUUUCGAUAUGUAAACUAUACGCGUUGGGGUAAUUUCCGCGAUCGAUCCACCUUCGUUUGUAGUUCGAGAUUAAACAAAUUGAUAUCAGAAUAAUACGCGUGGGGGGAAUUUUCACGAUCAAAAGGACUCCGUGCUAUUAGCGUAAAUUUCCCCCUCGCGUAAAUUUUCACGUUUACAGUAAGAGGUUAAUUCAAAGAAAAGAUGUUAAGAAGACUAUGCAUCAAUACUUUCAUAUACAAACACUCAUUUAUGCUGCGCUAUAGGUAUUCUUCAGUGAGAUAUUUUUCUUUAAGGAAUUAAAAGCACAUGACUCAAAUUA